GCAGAUUCCCUGCUGGGAAAGACGAUUUUUCUUCGUGGUAUCAAUACUCAAAAGUUUUCAUUCAAGCUAGGAACCCCACCCUUAGCCGAUGGUAGGAGGAUGGGUUCGGGACGGAAGAACGCUGAGGAAGAUUUCAGCAUAAUUCGGAUGCGAACCAAUCGUCCAUUGUCCCUGGGACCGACAGAAUCGACGCCUGUGCCCGGUCGUCAAAAAUGCAGAAAUCCGCGAUUAGCGGAACUGCAGGAGGAGCAUGAUGCUCUCAAUGAGACGUUGGCUAUAUCGUUCAACGGCAAUGAGAACCUCGACAGCCCAUUCUUCGACAGGUCCAAAUCGACGAGCUACUAUAACAGCUGUUUCGAAGUCAUCGAACCUCUAGGUUCAGGAUGUUUCGCAGCGGUGUACAAGUGUCGCCAGAAAGAAGAUGGCAAACUAGACGGAAGUCUCUGCUGA